UUCCUUUUCUGACUAUUCCCACUAAAGAAAAACCCUACCGAAAGCAAAACCCAUAUAAACAACCUAAAGUUGACCUAGCAGGAGACCAAAACAAAUAAAAUGAUCCACCAAAUUUGUGACGUGAUCACGUGAAUAAGAAGUUUGCUGAUCGUUUGUCUUUUGUAAAUUCCUUUAUUUUGUUCAGUUUAAUGAAUGAUUUUUCUAUCUACCUCUUGGAGAGAAGGCGUGAAAGUUGAACCUUUUAGGGUUUAGAUUGAACUCUUCACUUUUUUUUUCUUUUUCAUGUUUCAGGAACCACUAGGGAUGAGGUCUGUCUCUAUGGAUUGCGUGGCUUCAAUGGAUUGUCUUCCAGAUGAUCUUCUUGUCCAAAUCUUGUCUUUUCUUCCUACGAAACAAGCUGUUUCAACCUCUCUUCUCUCCAAGAGGUGGAGGACUCUGUUUGCUUUCAGUCCUAAUCUUGACUUUGACAAUCCCAUCCUCAAGCACUCGGAAGAUAUCCGAAAGAGUUUUAAUGAUUUUGUGGACAGUUCAUUGGUUUUCCAAGGUGAUAACCAUAUAAAGAAGUUCUCACUGAAAAAUACUGGAAGCUGGUAUAUGGAACAUGACGUUAAACGCUGGAUACGUAGUGCCCUGGAACACGGUGUCUCUGAGCUUCACUUACAGAUAGAAGGAUCUCACCUUCAGAUAGGAUAUAUAAGAAAAUGGCAAUAUUUUCCAUUCGAAGUCUUCACCAGCACAACACUGGUUGACCUGUCAUUGGGAAUAAAACAGGACAUCCAGAAGUUUUCUCCACAUGCAUAUCUCCCAGCACUAAAGGUACUCGUCCUUGAUUCAAUCUGGUUUCACGAUGGUCAAUUAUUUAACGAGUUUCUCGCUGCUUGCCCUGCACUUGAAGACUUAACCAUACGUUAUAAAGAAUUUCAAGGACAUUCGUACAUCAUAUCCAGCAAAAGCAUUAAGAAACUCUCAGUUACCAUUAACUGCAGUUAUUAUGCUGAUCUUUCUAGCACUAUUAUACUUGACACACCGAAUGUUUUUGACCUCUACUACUAUGGUUUUCCUCGGUGUAAAGCUCCACAUUGUAAUUUAAAUUCACUUGCCAAAGCUACGUUGGACCUUCAUUUCUUAAAAGAUCACAGUCAACAUCGCCAGAUGCAAAAUGAGGCGGAUGUGAAAGAUCUCAUCAGUGAGAUACGCAACGUCAAGACCCUUCACUUGAAUUCUUCCGCUGUCGAGGUGAUUUUGGUUUGCUGCAAAGGUGGACUACCCGUGUUCAAAAACCUCGUUAAAUUAGUAUUAUCGAGUAAAAAAAAAGGUUGGAGAAUGUUUCUGCCACUUCUGCUAGAGCGUUCUCCAAAGCUGAAAACCUUGGUUCUUUCGGAUCUCCAUCGUUACACAUUUAGACGAACAAAACUCUGUGUAGGGGUUCAAAUUCCCUCGAACAACAAAAUAAAGAUGCUGAGUGUCCUGCAAUAUCAAGGAAGCGCAAACGAGCUAAAACACAUUAACCAUUUCUUACUGAAAAUGGAGUGUCUUGAAAUGGUAAAAGUCUAUGUUGCAGCUGAGAUGGAUGACCUCAAAAAGAUGCAACUCACAGAUGAUCUGUUUAUUGAAUCAAACACAAGAAUAACGAAUAACUCUCGUUUAUUACUUUAGAAACUUCUCAAAACUAAAGCAAUCUUAAUCUCUCUAAU